AUGCCUUUCGUCAAGCAAGUUAAGAACAAGGCCUACUACAAGCGGUACCAGACCAAGUACCGUCGUAGGAGAGAGGGAAAGACGGACUACUAUGCGCGUAAGCGUUUGGUAACCCAGGCGAAGAACAAGUACAACUCGCCCAAGUACCGUCUCGUUGUCCGUAUCACCAACAAGGACAUUAUCACCCAAAUUGUCUACGCCAAGCUCCAGGGUGAUGUUGUUCUCGCUGCUGCUUACGCUCACGAGCUUCCCCGCUUCGGCAUCAAGCACGGUUUGACCAACUGGGCUGCUGCCUACGCCACCGGUCUGUUGCUUGCCCGUCGUGUGCUCAACAAGCUCGGCCUCGACAGCAAGUACGAGGGUCAGACCGAGCCCGAUGGUGAGAAGUACGAGGUUGAGGACAUCGACGAUGGACCCAGGCCCUUCACCGCCUUCCUUGACACCGGUCUCCGUCGCUCCACCACCGGUUCCCGUAUCUUCGGUGUCCUCAAGGGUGCCGCCGACGGAGGUCUCCGUGUUCCUCACAGCGAGUCCCGUUUCCCCGGAUGGGACGGCAAAGAGCUGGACGCCGAGCUUGUCCGCAACUACAUCUUCGGUCGUCACGUCGCCGACUACAUGGAGUACCUCCAGGAGGAAGAUGACGAGGCCUACAAGCGUCAGUUCGCCUCUUUCAUCGAGGACGAGAUCGAGGGUGAUGACCUCGAGGACAUCUACUCUGGUGCCCACGCCAAGAUCCGCGAGGACCCGUCCCCCGAGAAGAAGGAGCGCAAGCCCAUGACUGCCGAGGACAAGAAGAAGCAGCACGGCAAGUACUUCAAGACGCGCCUCAACCUCAAGCAGCGUCGGGACCGCGUCAAGCAGAAGAAAGACGCUUUCUUGCGCAAGCUUGGCCAGGAGGCCGACGAAUAA